UAGCUCAGACUAGUUAUUGAACUUCAAGCCUCCACUUCCAUGCACUCCUUAAAUUCCCACUUCCCUAGUAAUCCAUGUUCUGAACCUCCUCUCUCUCUCUCUCUCUCUCUCUCUCACAGCAAGAAAAUCACUGCUGAGAACAGAUUAUAAUAAUGAGCCUCUUAAGUUCUUUCUUGGCUUCCUUUCUUUUUCUGGUUCUAUUGCUCUUUGUGGCAAAUGGGCAGCCUCUGGUUCCCGCAUUGAUCAUAUUUGGGGACUCUGUUGUUGAUGUGGGUAACAACAACGACCUCGAGACCAUUAUAAAAUCAAAUUUCCUUCCUUAUGGAAGAGACUUUGUGAAACACAAACCAACCGGGAGGUUCUGCAAUGGAAAGCUUGCCUCAGACUUCACUGCUGAAAACUUAGGCUUCACUUCUUAUCCACCAGCCUAUCUUAGCAAAAAAGCCAAAGGAAAGAACCUCUUGGGUGGUGCCAACUUUGCCUCAGCUGCUUCUGGUUACUUUGAUGCUACAGCCAAAUUAUAUAAUGCGAUCCCAUUAGAGCAGCAGCUGGAGUACUACAAGGAGUACAAGACUAAGUUGGCGGAAAUUGCUGGGAGAUCAAAUGCCUCAUCAAUAAUAUCUGGUGCAGUCUAUCUUAUUAGUGCUGGGAGCAGUGACUUUGUUCAGAACUAUUACAUUGAUCCUUUUCUUUACGAGGCCUAUACUCCUGAUCAGUUCUCAGACAUUCUCAUUCGAUCCUAUACAGAUUUCAUUCAGAACCUAUAUGAUUUGGGAGCUAGGAAAAUUGGAGUGACAACACUGCCCCCAAUUGGAUGCCUGCCAGCAGCCAUCACAAUAUUUGGGUUGGAUAGCAACAAGUGUGUGGCUAGGUUAAACCAUGAUGCAGUUUCCUUCAAUACAAAGCUCAAUGCCACAUCUCUGAGGUUGCAAAAAAAGCUUUCUGGCCUCAAUUUGGUUGUCUUUGACAUCUACAAAACUCUCUUCGAUCUUGUCACUAAACCUACAGAUAAUGGGUUUUUUGAGGCAAGAAGGGGUUGCUGUGGAACAGGGUUGCUAGAAACAUCAAUACUAUGCAAUCCAAAAUCAGUUGGCACAUGUGCCAAUGCAUCGGAGUAUGUAUUCUGGGACAGUUUCCAUCCAUCAGAGGCUGCAAACAAAAUUUUAGCCGAUAAUUUGCUCAUAGAUGGCAUCUCCCUCAUCGGCUAGUCAAGCACUUGCAUCUACAUCAACAUUAUUCUGCUUUAGUCUUUGAUUGAUGUUGUUUCAAGUUUGGUUAUUAGUGUUUCUCUUGAUUUGUGGUUCUACUUGGGUGAAAGUAAAAAAACAGCAGGAUUUGUGAGUUGUAUAUUCAGAUUUCUAUAUAAGUUAAUUGUUUUUGUAUGUU